AUGACAGAGAAGAAGAAGAUUAAGAUCUUAUUCAAGUCUCAAAUGCACUUCAUGAUUCAGAAUAUUGAGAAGACAGCUCUGCUCUCUGAGUAUGUCAAUCUGCUUACUACUGAGAUGAAACCUGAGACAGCAGAUCAGAAAAUGCUGGAUUUUGAGAUGCAGAUUGACCUGACUGAGAGAAAGCAGUAA